AUGCCUCUGACGCCUAACAAUACAGAGUCAGACAUUGAUCCCCUCCUUCGAAGUCGCAGCGUUUUCGAUGAUGAUCUGUCAGAACAUGCAUCAAACGACGGCCAUGACCAGCUCUCUGAGCCUGAAAUGAAUGUCUAUCAAGCUGCAAACUUCUCGCAAGACCCGGAAGGUUUCUGGAAGGAGAAAACCGAUGCAAUUGAUAGAAAGGCGCAAUUUCUUCUGCUGUAA